ACCACUUUCUUUUCUAGGAAAACUAAUCAAAUCAAAUCAAGAGAGGGGAUCAGUUCAUACUAUCCACCUUGGGAUUCAUUUGUUCACUGAUCCAAAUCCAAUAAAAUGGAAGCCAUGUUAAUUUUGUUGGAAUAAGUGAAGAAAGAAGAUGAACAACAAAGAAGGAUUACGAGAUCUUUUGUACACAAACGUGAAGAAAGGGAAUUGGGAGGAAGUGAUAAAGAAAUGUGGAGAAGAUAUAGAAGGUUUGGGUAUGAUGCUGACACAAGCAAUGAACACGACGUUGCAUUUGGCUGCAUAUGACAAUAAUGUAGAAGUGGUUGAGAGGCUAGUGAGAAUGAUUAGUAUGUUUGAAAGAAAGGACAUUCUUAGGAUUAAAAAUGAAAGAGGGAACACUCCUCUUCAUGUGGCUGCGACAAUGGGAUGUGCUAGAAUGUGUCGCAUCAUUGGUUCCAUGGAUGAGAAGUUAGUUGAUGAGAGGAACAAAGACGGUGAAACUCCGCUCUUCUUGGCGGCCCUCCAUGACCACAAGAAUGCGUUUUAUUGUCUGUAUGACUUUUGUAAAAUGGACCUUGUUCGAUUUGACAAAAAUUGCAGGAGGACUAAUGGAGAUACCAUUCUUCAUUGUGCUCUAAAAAACGACCAAUUUGAUUUGGCGUUUCAAUUAAUUCACAAGAACAAUGAGGCUGCUGCCUGGGCAGAUAAAGAAGGUCAAACCCCUCUCCAUGUUCUUGCAACUAAACCAUCUGUCUUCGAAAGCGGUGCCCACAUGAGCAGAUGGCAUUACAUCGUUUAUAACUGUAUUCAUGUGGAUGAACUAAAGCCUGAAUCAGGAGCAACUGAAGCAAAGAAAACCACAAAACUAAUGAGAGCUGCUUCCUUUUUCCCAGAAAACUACGCCACUUGCAUUGAUUUCGUUACAAUUUUGUGGGACAAACUUUUAAUCAUUAUCAGUUGGAAACGAGCAACGAAGAGGAAGGAAGAAAUGAACCCGUGUAACUAUAAUGAAACUAAGGGCCUCGAUCUCGAAGUAGAUGUUGACAAGGAAACUGAAAGUAUGGAAAUCCAUCAAUUAGACCUUCCCUCAGACUCUCAACUUCUCAAAAGACCUGGUGGUCAUCCAUUAGGAAGGAUUUGAUCAAAUUAGAGAGCUAAAAGAGGAGAAACAGAAACACUGAGUCCACCCGAUAUGGUCAGUUCAAGUGAUGGAGAAACUUCUAACAUUGAGUCCACCCGAUAAAUAUGGCCAAAAUGGAGAUUCUCCCAAGAUCUCAAGCUUACAAAAGGACGAAACAGUUCCUUAUCUUGUCCAAGGACCUUUCGUCCGCUUCAAUAACAAUCAAAUCACAAAUGAAACUAAGUCAGGUAAUAAUUUAUGAUUUAAUUAACAAUUUCAAAAUGCUAAUGAUCUCUCUCUUUCUUUUUUUUUUUUUCUUUUGAACUAAAAAAAUGCUUGAAUGAAUGAAUGAAUGGAAAAAUGAUGAAUGAUGAGAGCAGAAGAUAAAGUGAAGGUUAUUGCAAAAGAGACGCCAAUAUUAUUAGCAGCAAAGAACGGGGUGGUUGAGAUGGUGAGUAGAAUAUUCGAACAUAGUCCACUGGCGAUUCAUGAUAGUAACCAAGAGAAGAAGAACAUGGUUCUUUUGGCUGCAGAAUAUCGACAACCACAUGUAUACAAAUUUUUACUUAGAAAAAAGAGUGAUCUUGAAAUCUUGUUUCGAGCUGUGGAUGAGAAUGGUGACAGCGCCAUUCAUCUCGCUGCUCACCUCAAAACUGAUAACCCUUGGCACAUCAAUGGACCUGCCUUGCAAAUGCAGUGUGAAGUUAAAUGGUAUAAGUAUGUGAGGGAUUCAGUGGAACCCGAUUUCUUUGCUAAACACAACUACAAGGGAGUACUUGCAAGAAACAUCUUCUACGCCACACACAAGGAGCUAGCUAAAAAGGGUGCGGAGUGGCUUGUCAAGACCAUCGAUUCAUGCUCCAUGGUCGCUGGUCUGGUUGUGACGGUAGCCUAUACUUCAGCCACGGCUGCCCCGGGUGGUAAUGGGGAUGAUGGUACCUCGCCAUUUGAAAUGGAAACAUGAUUUUUUAUCUUCUCUAUAGCUUCACUUAUUGCUCUUUGCCUCUCCUCAACUUCAGUGAUUAUGUUCUUGGGAAUUUUGACAUCGAGAUUUGACGAAAAAUGCUUUGGCACCACGUUGCCUGUUAGAUUGUUCGUUGGCCUUUCCUCACUUUUCUUCUCUAUUGUCGCGAUGCUGGUUUCGUUUUGUGCAGGCCACUACUUUCUACUUAGUCAUCGCUUUCAAAAUGCGACAGUUGUCAUCUACCUUGCAACUUCUCUCCCCGUUGCAUUAUUCUUCGUCAUAUCGCAACUUCCUCUUUUCUAUGAUAUGCUCGUUGCCAUUCUCAGUAAGACACUUGAAAGGAGAAGUGAUCAUCCCAACUUACCUGAAAAGGCGAAGAAUUCCAAAAAAGUGGAAGGAGAUAAAAAGAAUCAAUCACGAAAAAAAGAACAAGGUCCUUGACCUUAAUCCUCGA